GGUUUUCGUUAUGCCUUAACUAGGAUGAGUAAUUAGAGAGAUAAGAGCCACUAUUCAUGCGGAUAUCGGAAUAAAAAGUUUAUUCUAGUACAAGACUUCCAAAGAAUACCAUAACUCAAUGAAAUAGGGUUUUGUAUGUGAAUAUAUCAAGCCUAGCCGAUAUAUUCACAAAGAAAAAAUUUAAAAUAGAAAACGCCACGAUUGUCUUAUUGAAAGGUAUUUUGGACCACGCUGAAGUACCCUUCGAAGACGUAGAGGAAAGUAUGCGUAACUAACUAGAGUGAAAUGAAGAGAAAACAAAAGAGAAAUAUAUUUGUUUCGAUUUACUUUCUUUAUUUUCUGAUACAGAUGAUAGUUUGCACUCACUAAAUUCGAUAUUUUCUGUCUUUUUGUGCUCGCGCACGCCCUUUUAAAACCUGAUAGUGGUUGGGAGGGAAUUCCUUGUUGAUGUUGAUGCCCAAGCGGAGCAGGCUGAGGCCGGGGCCGAGGUUGAAGCCCAGGUUGAGGCCGAGGCCGAGGUUGAAGCCCAGGUUGAGGCCGAGGUCGAGGGCGUCAUAGAGGAGCCCCAUAUCACUCAUAGGCUGGGAAUAAGAGUGGGACCCCGGGACGAAACCGCUUACAGGAUGGCUAUCGAUGAGAUUAAUUCUAUAGCAGUAGAACCGACUCCUACGUGUUCCGGAGCGUCCAACAUUAUGAUGGAAAAGAUCACAGGUGAUGACGAUCUCCCUGGGCCAUCGGUUAGAGUUCAGACACGAGGGCAGCAUAAUUAUAUCUUGCGCCCGAGGCUGCACGUCACGUCCAUUAACGCCGCCUUCUCAUUUUUGGCGCAGAAUCCCGCCAAGAAAACAGGUGCCCCACCCCCUCCCAAACGAACAACUGAUCACGAGAGGCUGUGGAAGAGAGGUGAUGCAGCUCUUGUUCUCUUCGAAAACUACCCGCUAUGGGGUGCGAUCUUCAUUCAACAUUUGGAGGAUGAUAAUGUAAAGAUCAUCACUCCAGAUGACCUUCAAGAACGUAUUGUCUCUGUCAAUUCAAUCCAAAUUUAUGACGCUAAAGAUCAGGCGAAAGACAUCAAAAGCUUCGAGGAUCCAUCGAUAAGACAAACGGCCAGAGAAGCGGCCAAGUGAUGGCUGAUUAUGCCAGUAGGAGUGUCAUUAAUCUUCAAGAGGAGUUGGAAAAAGUAUUGCAACAGAAAAUUGAAAUGGAGAGAGAACAGGCGUCUAGCAAAGACAAGAAGAGACCAAGGAAGCCGACAGAUGAAGGGGGUGGACCAACCAAAAAACGGAAAUGAAAAUUAUUGUAUAGUGUAAAAUAAAUAGUGGUUCUACCAAGCUGGAUAUUGAGCUCGCGUCAUACUUUGUACACUC